AUGCCUGUCAACUUCCAGAACGUUGAGAUGGAUAUCACCGCAUCUUCUACCUUUUCCACAGCCGUUGGUGUUGCUCUCCGACCGGCAGUUGCCUGGCAGCCAUGGAUCCAGUGGCUUCAACAUCUAGCAGAUACCCACGAGGUUUGGGAGUAUUUGGAUAUCGAUACCGAAGACAUUCUUCAGGCGCCACCGGAGCCCGGGAGGUCAACACUACAGAUACUGCAAAGCAUCGCCUGCUCUCAGCAAGCAAUGCUAGCGACGCCUUUUCGCACAGUUUACCAUAUGUCAGGCCUAAGGAAAUACCUCAAAGUCAUUUCCUGUUGGCCGAGUCUACAUUUUCUUUACUUGGGUUAG